GACAGAGCACGAGGAGGGGGAGAGGCAGAGGGAGAAGCAGACUCCCUGCUAAGCAGGGAGCCCCAGGUGGUGGAUCCUAGGACCCCAACCCAGAAUCACGACCUGAGCCAAAGGUACAUGAUUAACCAGCUGAAUCACCCAGGUGGCCCUGAUUUUUAUAUGAAAUGUAGACUUCGAGGCCAAGUGGUAAAAGUUAGGGGUCCUGAAUCAGAUUGAGAUCCCACCCAAAUAUCACCAGUUAAUAUUUUUAAGUUACUUAACUGGUAUGUGUUUUCACUUCCUUGUUUGUAAAAAGUGAAUUGUAUUAAUAUCUACCUCGGAGAGUUGUUGUGAGAAUUUAAUGGGGGAAAAAAGAAUUUAAUGGGAUAACCCAAAAUAACCCCAUGCUUAUCACAUGGGGAAUAUUUCCAGUAGAUGUCCACUACAGUUAUUAAUCAUUCUACUAUAUUUUACUGUGUCAUGGAUUGGAAUAUUUGGAAGUGGUGAGUUGGUGUAAAGGAUUAUUUUUAUAAAUAUAAAGAAUUUGAAAAGUGCUCGAAGGAAAUUACAACUAAAAUAGAAAUUUUGGGAAAGAUCAAAUGCAAGUAUACGGAGAAGGUAAGUACAUUUAUUUAAUACUUACACAUUUAGCCACAUGAUGUCGCUGUCCACCACAAGGUAUUUCACCACAAAAGAAAUGCGGCACGCGUUAUGUACUCAGAUGCUUUUCCUCACCAUCUUUGAGAUACGGGCAUGAUAAGGUUAUUAAAGAAAAAAAAUAGGAACUCAAAUUAUUUUUUGAAGUUUGGAUCGAGGCAAGAACGACACAAUAUUUGGGAAAGGCUUGCAAUGGUGUUUUCAUGGAGAGAAGAAGGUUCAGGAGCCCGGCGUUUACUGCUUUCGCUUCUGCUCCUCACUGUCUGGGAGACUGGGAGCGGCCAGAUUCACUACUCCGUCCUGGAGGAGGCCAAACACGGCACCUUCGUCGGCCGCAUCGCCCAGGAUUUGGGGCUGGAGCUGGCGGAGCUGGUGCCGCGCCUGUUCCGGGUGGCGUCCAAAGGCCACGGGGAUCUUCUGGAGGUAAAUCUGCAGAAUGGCAUUUUGUUUGUGAAUUCUCGAAUUGACCGGGAGGAGCUGUGCGGGCGGAGUCUGGAGUGCAGCAUCCACCUGGAGGUGAUCGUGGACAGGCCGCUGCAGGUUUUCCAUGUAGAGGUGGAGGUGAAGGACAUUAACGACAACCAGCCGGUUUUCCCAAUGGCAGUAAAAAAAUUAUUUAUUUAUGAAUCCCGGCUGCCGGGUUCUCGGAUUCCGCUAGAGGGCGCAUCAGAUGCAGAUAUUGGAGCCAAUUCUCUGUUGACCUACAGUGUUAACUCUAAUGAUUAUUUUACCUUGGAUAUUAAAAGAAAUGAUGAGAAUAUUAAAUCCCUCGGACUCGUGUUGAAAAAAGUUUUAAAUCGCGAGGACACUCCUGAGCAUCACUUACUAAUAACGGCAGUUGAUGGUGGGAAACCAGAGCUCACCGGCACUAUUCAAGUGAAGAUCACCAUUCUAGAUGUAAACGACAACGCCCCAGAGUUUGAGAGGACUGUAUACAAAGUCAGUUUAUUCGAAAAUGCACCAAACGGUACCAUAGCAGUGAUUGUUAACGCCUCUGAUUUGGAUGAAGGAGUAAAUAAGGACAUUGUAUAUUCUUUCAAUACAGACAUGUCAGCAGAUACUCUUUCAAAAUUCCACUUAGACCCAGUUAGUGGAUACAUCAGUGUAAAGGGUACUAUAGAUUUCGAGGAAACUAAGUUAUAUGAAAUCCAGGUAGAAGCGACAGAUAAAGGAAAUCCCCCAAUGGCAGGCCACUGCACGGUUCUGGUGGAAAUUUUGGACACCAAUGAUAACGUACCUGAGUUGGUUAUCAAAUCACUAUCAUUACCGGUAUUAGAAGAUGCUCCCCUCGGCACGGUCAUCGCCCUAAUCAGUGUGUCUGACCGCGACUCUGGUGCCAAUGGGCAGUUGACCUGCACCCUGUCACCCCACGUUCCCUUCAAGCUGGUGUCCACUUUCAAGAAUUACUAUUCGCUGGUGCUGGAAAGCGCCCUGGACCGAGAGAGCGUGGCGAACUAUGAACUGGUGGUGACAGCGCGAGAUGGGGGAUCGCCUUCGCUGUCCACCACAGCUAGCAUGUCUGUGGAGGUGAAGGACAUUAACGACAACCCGCCUGUGUUCCCCCAGACACAAAAGAAUCUAUUUAUAGCAGAAUCCAGGCUGCUUGACUCUCGGUUUCCACUAGAGGGCGCUUCCGACGCAGAUAUGGAGGAGAACGCUCUGUUGACUUACAGACUGAGCCCCAAUGAGUUUUUCUCUCUGGACGUACCAACAAAUGACGAACAGGUAAAACCUCUUGGACUUGUAUUACGGAAACCUUUAGACAGGGAACAGUCUCCGGAACUUAAUUUAUUGCUCAUGGCCACUGAUAGAGGCAAACCUGAGCUGACCGGCACCGUUCAGUUAUUCAUCAAAGUGCUGGACGCCAAUGACAAUGCCCCAGCUUUCGAUAGAACACUAUAUACUGUGAAAUUACCAGAAAAUGUUCCCAAUGGAACUUUGGUAAUUAAGCUUAACGCCUCAGAUUUGGAUGAAGGCUUGAACGGGGAUAUUACUUACUCAUUCUCUAGUGAUGUUUCCCCAGAUAAAAAAUCUAAGUUCUACAUAGAUGCCGUAAGUGGAGAAAUUAUAGCAAUAGGACAUAUCGAUUUUGAAGAAAGUAAAACCUACAAACUUCGAGUAGAAGCUAUCGAUAAAGGCUUCCUACCACUAGCUGGUCACUGUACAGUUCAUGUGCAAGUUUUGGACGCUAAUGAUAACGCUCCAGAGUUGACUGUUACUUCCCUGUCUCUCCCUAUCUCAGAGAAUGCUCAGCCGGGCACAGUCAUCACCUUGAUUAACGUGUCUGACCGAGAUUCUGGAGCUAAUGGGGAGGUGAUUUGCUCACUAACACCCCAUGUCCCCUUCAAGCUGGUGUCCACCUUCAAGAAUUACUAUUCGCUGGUGCUGGACAGCGCCCUGGACCGUGAGAGCGUGGCGAACUAUGUUCUAGUAGUGACCGCGCGGGACGGAGGCUCGCCUUCGCUCUCCGCCACGGCCAGCAGGCGGCAGAGGGUGUGCUCUGGGGAGGGCCCGCCCAAGACCGACCUCAUGGCCUUCAGCCCUAGUCUUCCUCCGUGUCCUGGAUCUCUAAAUACAACCGAAGAUCCACAAGCUUCUUUGGAGUCCUCUGGAAAGAAAGGUAUGAUGUUGGUCUACACACCCAGCGCCCCAAGAGCCUUGCGCCUGCUUCUCUUGCUUCUGCUUCUCGCAGCCUGGAAGGCGGGGAGCCGCCAGGUUCACUACUCGGUCCCGGAGGAGGCCAAACACGGCACGUUCGUAGGUCGCAUCGCGCAGGACUUGGGGCUGGAGCUGGCGGAGCUGGUGCCGCGCCUGUUCCGGGUGGCGUCUAAAGGCCACGGGGACCUUCUGGAGGUAAAUUUGCAGAAUGGCAUUUUGUUUGUGAAUUCUCGGAUCGACCGGGAGGAGCUGUGCGGGCGGAGUCUGGAGUGCAGCAUCCACCUGGAGGUGAUCGUGGACAGGCCGCUGCAGGUUUUCCAUGUGGAGGUGGAGGUGAAGGACAUUAACGACAACCCACCGGUCUUCUCCGUCUCAGAACAAAAGCUUUCAAUACCCGAAUCUCGACUGCUUGACUCUCGGUUUCCGCUAGAAGGCGCAUCAGAUGCGGAUGUUGGAGAGAAUGCAGCGCUUACUUACAGACUCAGUCCAAAUGAGUUUUUCGUUCUUGACAUUAUAAACAAAAAAGACAAAGGCAAAUUCCCAGUGCUUGUCUUAGGAAAAAUGCUGGAUCGUGAAGAAAAUAAUCAGCUUCAGUUGUUAUUAACCGCGACUGAUGGAGGGAAACCGGAAUAUACCGGAUCUGUAACUCUGCUGAUCUUGGUGUUGGAUGCCAAUGAUAAUGCGCCUAUAUUUGAUCGAUCCAUUUAUGAAGUUAAGAUGUAUGAAAAUUUAGCGAACCAAACGUUAGUAAUAUGGCUAAAUGCGUCUGAUGCAGAUGAAGGAAUAAACAAGGAAAUGGUAUAUUCAUUUAGUGCUUUGGUUCCACCCAACGUAAGGAGGACAUUUCUAAUGAAUGAAAAAACGGGAGAAAUAAGAGUAAAUGAUGCUAUUGACUUCGAGGAUAGUAACACUUAUGAAAUUCAUGUAGAUGUUACAGAUAAAGGAAACCCACCUAUGGUUGGUCACUGCACCGUAUUAGUGGAAGUUCUGGAUGAAAAUGAUAAUUCACCUGAUGUGGUUAUCACUUCUUUGGCUCUCCCAGUGCUGGAAGAUGCUCAGGUGGGAACCGUCAUCGCCCUGAUCAGCGUGUCCGACCGUGACUCUGGCGCCAACGGGCAGGUGACCUGCACCCUGGCACCCCAUUCUCCCUUCAAGCUGGUGUCCACCUUCAAGAAUUACUAUUCGCUGGUGCUGGAAAGCGCCCUCGACCGCGAGAGCGUGGCGAACUACGUUCUAGUAGUGACCGCGCGGGACAGAGGCUCGCCUUCGCUCUCCGCCACGGCCAGCGUGUCCGUGGAGGUGGCCGACGUGAACGACAACGCGCCNAGCGCGCGCGACGCGGGCGUGCCUCCGCUGGGCAGCAACGUGACGCUGCAGGUGUUCGUGCUGGACGAGAACGACAACGCGCCCGCGCUGCUGCCGCUGCGGCCUGGGGCGGGCGGCGCGGGCGGCGCGCUGAGCGAGCUGGUGUCGCGGUCGGUGGGCGCGGGCCACGUGGUGGCGAAGGUGCGCGCGGUGGACGCGGACUCUGGCUACAACGCGUGGCUGUCGUAUGAGCUGCAGCCGGCGGCGGGGGGCGCGCGCAGCCCGUUCCGCGUGGCGCUGUACACGGGCGAGAUCAGCACGACGCGCAGCCUGGACGAGGCGGACUUGGCGCGCCAGCGCCUGCUGGUGCUGGUGAAGGACCACGGCGAGCCGGCGCUGACGGCCACGGCCACCGUGCUGCUGUCGCUGGUGGAGAGCGGCCAGGCGCCAAAGGCGUCGUCGCGGGUGUUGGCGGGCGCGGCGGGCGCGGAGGCGGCGCUGGUGGAUGUCAACGUGUACCUGAUCAUCGCCAUCUGCGCCGUGUCCAGCCUGUUGGUGCUGACGCUGCUGCUGUACACGGCGCUGCGGUGCUCGGCGCCGCCCACGGAGGGCGCGUGCGGGCCUGGGAAGCCCACGCUCGUGUGCUCCAGCGCGGUGGGGAGCUGGUCGUACUCGCAGCAGAGGCGGCAGAGGGUGUGCUCUGGGGAGGGCCCGCCCAAGACUGACCUCAUGGCCUUCAGUCCUUGUCUUCCACAGUCAGGAGAAGAUUGUUUAAAUCCUUCCAGUGAAUGAAAAACAUUACGAAAUGACAGAAACAAAAACAAAAUAAAACCCUCUACAUCAAUGGAAAAUGUGAAGACCUAAUCAUUUUUACAGUUACUCAUUCAUGCACAUGGUGUCGCUCUUCACUGA